AUGGAAUCGGGGUGGUCCUGCUGGGUCCUCCUGCUGCUCCUGCUUGCCCCGGCCUGCAGUGGGGGGCCUGGCCCUGUCCUCAUCAACCGGCCCUUUGUCACCAUCUGGAACAUCCCCACCGAGAGCUGCGCCAAGAAGUACAAUGUCCCUUUCAACCUGGAGGUCUUCGAUGUGUUGGCCAACGACCACCAGUCCUUCAUUGGGCAGGACAUCACCCUCUUCUACAGCAAGGAGCUGGGACUCCUCCCCUACUACACGGCUGAUGGGGUGCCAGUGAAUGGGGGGGUCCCCCAAAAUGCCAGCCUGCAGGCCCACCUCGACCAGGCCACCCGAGACAUUGAGGUCACCCUCCCCAGCCCUGCUUACAGUGGGCUGGCUGUCAUUGACUGGGAGAAGUGGCGCCCGCUGUGGAUCCGCAACUGGGACUCCAUGGCUAUCUACCAGCAGAAGUCGGAGGAGCUGGUGCAGCAGCAGCACCCGCAGUGGCCCCCCAAGCUGGUGAAGGAGAGGGCCAAGAAGCAGUUUCAGCAGAGUGCCCACAACUUCAUGCAGCAGACUCUGCAGCUGGGUGAGACUCUCCGUCCUGACGGCUACUGGGGUUUCUAUGGGUUCCCCAACUGCUACAACAAUGACUUUGACAGCCUGCCGUACACUGGGACGUGCCCGGAGGUGGAGCAGCAGAGGAACGAGAUGCUAUCGUGGCUCUGGCAGAGCAGCCGGGCACUCUACCCCAGCAUCUACCUGCCCCCCUCCUUCAAUGGCACCAACAAGGCACUCGUCUAUGUCCGGCACCGUGUGGCCGAGGCUUUUGCUGUCCAGCGCAGAGUCCUCAAGGACGGCAUCCCCGUCCUGCCCUACUCCCAGAUUGCCUUCGACCACACCGUUGACUUCCUCUCCCAGGAGGACCUGAUGAAUACCAUUGGGGAGAGCGCAGCUCAGGGUGCUGCUGGCAUCAUCCUCUGGGGCAGCCUCAACUACAGCAAAAAAAAAAGGUGGCGGGAGAUGUGCCUGAGGCUGAAGGACUAUGUGGAGGGGCCCCUAGGUCACUACAUUGUCAACGUGACAGCCAGCGCUGAUCUGUGCAGCCAGAGCCUGUGCUCCGGCCAGGGCCGCUGCGUGCGCCGGGAGAAAAAGCAGGGCUUCCUCCACCUUGACCCCUUCCGCUUCGCCAUCAACCUGCAAGUCGGAAAGCCCUGGCUGGUGGCCCAGAGCCUGGAGUCUGGCGACGACAUCUCGCAGCUGGCCAAGGAGUUCAGCUGCCAGUGCUACAACAAGUGGCAGGGACCCCGCUGUGACACACAGGGCUUCGCCGAGUGA